GUGAAAUGACAAGCACUGUUAAAAAAAAACACAAAUCUUAAUACAAUGGGUAGAUUUGAUAAAAAAGGAGCAAAAGGAAAGCCAAUUUCAAAAAAGAAGAAAGAGCCCGAGACGUUCGAUGAGUGUAUGGAAGAGGCUAUUCAUUUUGAAGAACAAGGCGAGCGUUAUCAAAGUGGAGAGAGAUCUCAACGUAAUUAUGAAAGGGCUGCCGAAAUGUACGGAAAAGCUUUCGAGUAUAACAGUACGGAUGCUGAUUGUAUUUAUAACUGGGGACGUGUUUUGUUCCUUUUAGUCAAUUUCUUACCUUCUCAUGCUUCGCCCGAAGAAAAACUAGAGAAGGUAGAUCAAUCCAUCGAAAAAUUCAGAACUGCUUUAGAAUUGGAGAAAAACAAGACGGACGCACAAUUUAAUUUAGCGCAAGCACUUCAUCAGAGAUCAGAAAUUUUACAAGAGACAACCGAAAUCGAUCAUGCGUAUGCUGAUUCAGCCAGAUCGUUGCAAGAAGCCAUCGAUUUGUUUGAUAAUGUUUAUAUCUUGCAAGAGAAAGAGUUCUUAGAACAAUCUGCACCCGAUGAAAACGAUGAAUUACCCACAGAAGAAAAUCACGUUCAUGAUAGCAAUUGCCACCACGAAGAUGAUAAUAUAAAAAAAGAGAUCAAAAGUGAGGAUGCUUCCAAAACCGAAGAAGAAUUUACGACAGUUACCAAGAUGGAAUCCACUACUGCCUAUUCUCUCAUCGAGACACUUUUAUCCACUUCAGAAACAAUGACAACGAUGGCAUCCAUGCUUGCUUCAUUCCCUGCAUCCAUGGAUUUAUUCAGUCGUGCCAAAGCAAAGUUAGGUCUUGCCGAAAAAUGGUUAUCCAAAAUGCCUUCGGAAUCUAGUCCUGAUGAUACGGUAGAUGCCGAAAAGGAAAAGAAGGAUGCACGUAUUCAAAUCAACCUGAAAGAAGCAUCCACGCAUGCGGCCAUGGCCGAUCGUACUUUUAUUGCCACAAACAAUGUUGAUAGCUCUUUAUUCGGAAAGGCAAUAGAUAAACUGGAUGAGAUUGUGGAUAAAUAUGAUCCUCGUCAUGUGGAGGCUAUGUGCGAUCGUGGUGAUAUCUUGACUUCUUAUGCUCAAGCCAUCAUGGAGCUGGCUAAUAAGAAGAAUUUGCCAUUGAUCCCCGAAGGAAACGGUAAGGAGGUGUGGCAAUUACUUGCUUCCGCUACAAAAUCAUUCCAAGCAGCUCUAGCGAUCGAACCAAAGAACUUGAGUAUCUUGAACAAAAUGGGUGACUUGAGUUUGAUCCGGGCUUCGUUGGAUUUACCCAUUGCCGAAAGAAACAAGCUUCAGCUUUUGAAAAACGCACAAUUUUAUUUCAAACAUUCAGUUGAGGUGGACAAGGAGGUUCUGACAAGUGGGUACAUUGGCUGGGCAAUGAGCGAAUGGGCCCUUGAGGAAUGGGCUGAAGUGAGUGGUAAAAAGCAAGACGCUCUCAAGAUUAUUCGCGUCUGGAUUAAACGCGGUGGCAAUGGCUCAUUAUUUAGAAGUUUGGCCGAAGAUAAUGAAUCUUGGGACGAGGAUUUUGUAGAGUUUAUUAUUGAAACUUUCUUUUCUGAUGAUGAAGAAUCAGAAUAAAUCCUAUUGUAUUUAAUAAAUAGAAAAUGUACUUUUUUCCCUUGU